AUGUCGUUCCUGUCAAACUCCACCUUGGCGGCGGCUCCAGAUACCUAUUUAGGUAUCUACAAUGAGCUGUCCAAAUACAAUGUUCACCUAAAUUUGUUCGAGCGUCUUUGGGCUAGUUGGUACCAAUACAUGCAGAAUGAUGUCCUCGCGACCGGGAUCUUGAGCUUCGUCAUGCAUGAGGUUGUUUACUUUGGACGAAGCAUUCCGUGGAUCAUCAUCGACCGAAUCCCCUAUUUCAACAAGUACAAGAUCCAGAACCAAAAGAUCCCCACCGUCGCUGAACAAUGGCAAUGCACGAAACUCGUUCUCCUCAGCCACUUCACUGUCGAGCUUCCUCAAAUCUGGCUUUUCCACCCAAUGGCAAAAUACUGUGGCAUGGACACAGGCGUCCCGUUCCCAAGUUGGCAAACAAUGGCUUUCCAAAUCGCGGUUUUCUUUGUCCUUGAGGAUGCUUGGCAUUACUGGUUACAUCGCGCAAUGCACUGGGGUCCUCUCUACAAGAGCGUUCACAAAAUCCACCACCAAUACUCUGCUCCGUUCGGACUAGCUGCCGAGUACGCAUCUCCCAUUGAAGUCAUGGUCCUCGGGUUUGGCACUGUUAUCGUCCCCAUUGUUUGGGUUCUGUGUACUGGUCAACUCCACGUCCUGACAAUGUAUCUCUGGAUUGUCUUCCGUCUCUUCCAAGCUAUCGAUGCUCACAGCGGUUACGAGUUCCCAUGGAGCUUGCACCACUUCCUCCCGUUCUGGGCUGGUGCUGAGCAUCAUGACGUCCACCACGAGCGUUUCAUUGGCAACUAUGCGAGCAGUUUCAGAUGGUGGGAUUAUGUCAUGGACACUGAGUCUGGACCAGAGGCUGCCAAAAAGAGACGUGAGCGGAAGCUCGCAAAGGAAGGCAAGAAGGUCCAAUAG